CCUAAGUUUCUUCACAGCCAUGAAACUGUUCUUGCUUACCUUCGCUGCGGCUCUGGCUCUGGCCUCCGCCGGUCGCUUUGACUACCGUACCGCCCAGCUCCCCAGGAUCACCAUCGAGGAGACCCCUGAGGGCCGCAUCGUCAACGGCUACCCGGCAUACGAGGGCAAGGCCCCCUACAUCGUCGGUCUGUGGAUCCGCACUGACGGCAGCAACUCCGCCGCCGUCGGUGGUGGUUCCAUCAUCGGCAACAACUGGGUGCUGACCGCCGCUCACUGCCUGACCACCGACUCCGUGGACAUCCACUACGGUUCCAACUGGGGCUGGAAGGGUGCCUUCUCCCACAACGUGCGCCGCGACAACUUCAUCAGCCACCCCAACCACGACAUCGGUCUGAUCCGCACCCCGUGGGUGGACUUCAACAACCUGGUCAACAAGGUGGCUCUGCCCAGCUUCAACGAGGAGCACGACCGUUUCACCGACACCUGGGCCGUCGCCUGCGGAUGGGGUGGCAUGGACAACGGAAACCUCGCCGACUACCUGCAGUGCAUGGACGUCCAGAUCAUCAGCAACAGCGAGUGCGCCCAGACCUACGGAUCUGUCUCCGACCAGGAUCUGUGCACCCGUGCUGCCGAUGGCCACUCCGUGUGCGGAGGUGACUCCGGCGGUCCCCUGGUCACACACGACAACCCUCGUCUCGUCGGUGUGAUCACCUGGGCUAUCGUUGGCUGCCAUGGCGGUCCUUCUGGAUACACCCGCACCACCGACUACCUGGGAUGGAUCCGCGACCACACUGGCAUCUCCUACUAAAAUCUUUUUUGAGAGGAGUAGUGUAUGGCUGAGUGGAGGUUCCCUCUGCAAGGACAAUACUAUUCCAAAUAUAAUUAUUCGAAAACUGCAA